AUGGACGCUCUUCGUGCGCGGUACCCAGACCGCAUCCCGAUCCAUCUAUCCAAUGGCAUUGCCUACUUAUGGGAGGUGUCAGAUGUCGAGCAAGCGCGCACGCAGCACCAUUUAUGCGGCCUGCUUAGCGGCACGUUGCCCUUGAUUCCUCAGCAGAACGUAUUUCUGGGCCUACCACUUCGCCUAAUUCCCGAAGAAGUGGUGUAUCUGCUUCGACAAAAUGCGGCCAUUCUGAUUGACGAGGCACAGGCCUUUGUGACCCCCACGUUCGAAGAGCGAGAGGCGUUCCUACAGAGGCAAGAGCAAGAUAUUCACCAGCAGAAAGAACGUACUCUUGCUCAACAACAGGAGCAACGGGAACGUAUCGAAGCAAAGUUACGCUCCGAUGGCGGAAAUGGCGCACUAGAACGUCGACGUGCUCGUCAGGCUGCCAAGGGUCAAGUGGAUGCCCCUGCAGUGCCUGAAAUGCCUGCAUCGGAAGCACUAGAGCGUUUGCCUUACGUCCAUUAUACCCCUGGACCAUCUACCACCCUGCCAGGCUACCGUCCAUGCACGCAAGCCAUGGCGGAGAGUGGGACGGAGGCACACGUGAACGCCUAUACUAGCUUGCAAGAGGCAUACCAAGCAGGUGUGUGGACGUAUCCAGAGACGCUAGAGCAGCGUGCUCGCUGUGCUGUAUUUGAAGACCUACAUGAGCGUGGUUAUUUCAUGAGUACAGGGCUGCGAUUCGGAGGUGAUUUUGUUGUAUACCCAGGUGACCCCCUACGAUACCAUUCGCACUACACAGCAGCUGUCUUAGCGACACCCGAACAACCUAUGGCGGCCUAUCAUAUCGUAGCAUCAGGCCGCUUAGGCACGGCCGUGAAGAAAUCGCACCUGCUCUGCCAAGCGAAUACCCGUAUUGUCAACGAAGAGGAGGCGCGUGAGCGGCGCAUCGCGGGGCUCGACGAUACCAACGAGCGGUGGGGCGACGUGGAAUAUUGGAGUCUGGCAUGGGCCGGUUUUGGUACAUAG